AUGUUCAAGUCAGAGCCCGACAUGGAGUCGCAGAGCCCCAGCACCCAGCCCUCCCAAUCCGCCGCGUCGCAGUUCAAUCCCGCCGAGGCGUCGCGCUCAGACGUCGACGAGAUACUGCGCCGCAAGAGAAAGGCCCGCGAGUACAAGGCCUGCUACCCGUGCCGCCAGCGCAAGGUCAAGUGCGACCAGGCCGUCCCGUGCAAGACGUGCAUCGCGAGAGAGCAUCCCGAGCUUUGCACCUACCACCCGCCUGCUGAGUCGCAUCCGCCCGCGAAGCGCAUGAACCAUGGCGGCAGCCAGCCGCCAGAAGCCUCCAACGGUCUCGGCUCCGGCAUCCAGUACAACGGCAACGGAACCGUCACCAUCGGCCGCGAGGACUGGGAGCGCCUGUGCUCCAAGCUCAACACCGUCGAGCGCUCCCUGAUCGACCUCAAAAGCACCAUCAAGCAGGCUUCCGAGAUCUCGAACGCGCCGAUCCAGAAUGGCCACCACCACCAUCAGCAGCACCAUGUCAUUCCCGACGCCGGCGCGAGCCCGCCGCCGAAGCACCACGACGGCCAGCUCACCUCCCAGGGCAUUCACACGACCAACAGCAUCACCGGCCAGACGGUGCACCUAGGCAGCAGCUCCGUGCCCGCGCUGGUCAUGUCCCUCGGCAAGGGCGAGGGCGGCAGCGCCCCCGUCCAGGAACUGCUCGGCAAGAACGUGCUGCCUCUCUUCGGCCUGGACAACGAAUCCGCUACGUACCCGUUCGUGGAUCUCUGGGGGCUGCCGCAUGGUUCGAUGAACCGCAUCUACGAGCUCUGCAACGCCCUCCCCAACGACUCGGACUGCUGGAACCUGCUCAAGUACCACAAGGAGACGGCCCACACGGUUUUCCCAGCCAUCGCCGACAUCGAAAAGCUCGAGUCGGAACUGCUUCGAUUUCUCAUUGCUCGUGGGGGCUCGCAGACAAGCGAAGAUGGGAGCAUCAGUGGGGUCACGGAGCAGACUAUUUUCGGAAAAGAUCUCCAUUGGGUUGGGUUGCUCUUCGCCGUUCUGGCCUCGGGCUGCCAAUGUUCGGCUCUGCCGCGGAAGGAGCGCGAAUUAACGUCACAGGUCUACAUUUGCUGCAGCUUUGAGUGCCUGCGGAUCACCAAUUUCCUCUCGCAUUCGAACCUGGAGACGAUCCAGACGCUCCUGAUCCUCGGUAACGUGAUGUCCAACAACAUGAAUGCCGGCGUCGCCUGGUCGCUCCUCGGCCUGACUAUUCGCCUAGCGCAGAGCCAAGGAUUGCACCGGACCUGCCCCUCUCAUACCACGGAAGAGAUGAAGCUCACGAGAAAGAAGAUAUGGUGGUCCGUGUUGUGGCAAGACAGCCUGCUCUCCAUCACCUUUGACCGGGCGUCCUCGAUGGGCACCAGCGAGGCUGUGCCGCUCAGCCCCGAGUCCAGCCCGGGCAACCGGCCGUACAUUGAGUGCAUGUAUCGCCUGUGCAAGGUCGGACUCGACAUCGUCAGCGACCGCGCUCUGAGUCACAGCUCGCAGGAGACGUUGUCGAGGAUAGCACAGCGACGCCAGGAUAUCCAGGACAUUAUGCUCGACGCGGCAGACUACCUCCGCGACUCCCGCAAAUGCCGAUCGAUGCGGAACCAGCUUGAGCACUGGGCGCUGUACCUGCACAUGUCCUACAUCACGUCUGAGCUGUGCCGGCCGGCGAUAAGUCCAUCCGUGACCGACCACGAACUGGCCCGGCCCUUGCGCAAGGCAUGUAUCGACAGCCUGGCCAACACGGUCGAGGCUUUCCUCGGCCUGCAGAACAUGACGGUCUUCGCGAGCCGCUCAUGGGCUGCCGUGCACCGUUCCCUCAGCUGCGCCCUUCUUCUCGGCAUCCUCAAGGAGCCGGAGCGCAACGAACGUGCUCGCAUGCUGCUGGAGAAACUAAUCUCCGUCCUCACUGAUAUAACGUCCAAGGUCGACCCAACGGAACUGUCCACGCCCGUCACCCGCUCGAUGAUUGCGCUGAGAAAACUGUUGAACUUGCAAGACGCGAAGCAGCAACAGCAGCAGCAGCAGAUGAUGAACAGCUCGUCUGCGCAAAGCAUCGUCCCCAACACGGCAACAGCAUCGAGCACGCCGAACAUGACGGGUUACAGCAUCGAUGACAUCAACGGCGCGUUGAUCGGCGAUGACGCAAUGUUUGGGAUGAACCAGAGUCCGUUGAUGGCGGAUUUGGACAGCGAGGCGAGCCCGUACGCGCUGAUGGAUAGCAUCAUCUGGGGCGUGAAGAGGACACCACCGGGAUGA